AUGAGCACUGAGAUUGGCAACCUGCAGUCUUUACAGUCCCUUGAUUUAUCAAGAAACCAAAUAUCUGGCUCAAUUCCACCAAGUCUGCUGAUGAUUUAUGGCCUAGGGUAUUUGAAUUUGUCAUACGACAACUUGUCUGGAAAAAUUCCAAUAGGAACUCAGGUCCAAAACUAUGAUGCCUCUUCGUUUGAUGGAAAUCCUCAGCUUUGUGGAAUUCUGCUUGAGCUUUGUAAUUCGAAGGGAACCGAUCAACCAAAUGGCUCGAGUGAUCAAGAAGAUGGAAAUGAUGAGCUCAUCACUCAGGGGUUUUACAGAUGUUUAGGAUUUGGAAUUUUUGUUGGGUUCUGGGGUGUCUGUGGGAGUUUGAUAUUCAAGAGGUCAUGGAGAUAUGCAUACUACAACUUCUUAAAUGCUAUAAUUGAUUGGCUUUAUGUGAGGGUAGCUUUGAUGAGACGGCAAUUAAAAGAUAUGCUUAAUGGACAAUCUUAA